GCUUGACUGGUGUGAAUGGAGUUGCUGUCUCUGAAAGGUGAUGGAGAGGAAUUAACUGUAGGAAAAGAUAUGUUGACGUUGAGGCCCUCCACCCACACAGGCAUGCAGUGAGCCACCUGUGUGUCUUGCAGAGAGAGAGUACACUGUGAUCGUUGCAGCGCGCCCCUGGUAAGGACCCUGUGGCGUGCGUCCGGCCAGCCCAGGCCACACCUCCCUCACCCAGGACAUGUACGGCAGUGCCCGAGCAGUAGGCCACAUCGAGAGCAGCCCUGCACGGUCCCCACGACUGCCUAGGUCCCCCAGGCUGGGUCACCGGAGGGCCAGUAGUGGGGGUGGGAGCAGUGGAGGGGGCAAGACGCUCUCCAUGGAGAACAUCCAGUCGCUGAACGCUGCCUACGCCACAUCCGGGCCCAUGUAUCUGAGCGACCAUGAGGGAGUGGGCUCCACCGCCACCUACCCCAAGGGCACCAUGACGCUGGGGCGUGCCUCCAACCGGGCCAUGUACGGGGGGCGUGUCACGGGCAUGGGCAGCAGCCCCAACAUUGCCACGGUGGGGCUGGGCCACCACACUGACCUGCUGUCCUACAGUGACCUAGGCUCCCUGUCCAUGCUGCAGCACCACCACCACCACCAGGGGGUGCCGUCUGCCCUGCUGCGGCAGGCGGUGAGGGGUGGUGGGGGGGAGUUGCUGGAGAUGCAGGCCACACUCCGGGACAUGCAGCGGGAGAAUGACCUGCUGAGGAGAGAGCUGGACCUGAAGGACAGCAAGCUGGGCUCGUCCACCAACAGCAUUAAGAGCUUCUGGAGCCCCGAGCUGAAGAAGGAGAGGAUGAUACGUAAGGAGGAGGCGGCGCGUACCUCCGUCCUCAAGGAGCAGAUGAGGGUGACUCACGAGGAGAACCAGUGUCACGACUUCCACCGAAGGUGGAUCCUCUCCCUGUUUGGGCGGCGCUCGGUGGACGUUGUCACCGGUCUACUAGCUGCCACUGAUUCCUUUUUCUUUUCUAUACUGCAGACAGAGGUGGACGCCCUGCGCCUGCGCCUGGAGGAGAAGGAGUCCUUCCUGAACAAGAAGACCAAGCAGCUGCAGGACCUGACGGAAGAAAAGGGUACACUGGCCGGAGAGAUUCGAGACAUGAAAGACAUGCUGGAGGUCAAGGAGAGGAAGAUCAACGUCCUGCAGAAGAAGAUUGAGAAUCUGCAGGAGCAGCUGUGUGACAAGGACAAGCAGCUGGGGAACCUGAAGGACAGGGUGAAGUCUCUGCAGACUGACUCCAGUAACACUGACACUGCCCUGGCCACCCUGGAGGAGGCACUCUCUGAGAAGGAGCGGAUAAUAGAGAGACUGAAGGAGCAGAGAGCGAGAGAGGACAAUGAGAGGAUUGACGAGGUGGAGUCCUAUAAGAAGGAGAACAAGGACCUCAAGGAGAAAGUCAACACCCUCCAUAUGGAAUUAACAGAGAAGGAGUCCUGCCUCAUUGACCUGAAGGAGCAUGCCUCCUCCCUGGCCUCCUCCAGCCUGAAGAAAGAAUCCAAGCUCAAGUCUCUGGAGAUGGCCAUCGAGCAGAAGAAAGAGGAGUGUAGCAAGUUGGAGACACAGUUACAGAAGCAAGCAGAGCAGCUGUUCACUCAGAUGAACAACCCUAAGGCCCAUGAGGUCCAGCAGCAGCAGGUGGGAGUGGGCUCCAGGGGGAACCCAGAGUAUGUGGAGCGGGAGCAGCGAGUCAAGGUCCUAGAGAAGGAGGUUUCCUACUAUAAGGAGGAGUCUGGCAAGGCCCAGGCCGAGGUGGAUAGGCUACUAGCCAUCCUCCGAGAGGUGGAGACUGAGAAGAACGACAGAGAUAAGAAGAUCGCCGAGCUGGAAAGCCCCCCUCACCUUGCCCCUGUCCCUCGCCCUGGUUUCGGCACUGGCCCCGUCCCUCGUCACGGUCCCGGUGGUAGAGCUCCCCCUGACCCGCUCCCCCCUGUGUCCGCUGCCCCCCAGCAGAUUGGGGGCAUGGUGUGGGACUUCCUGGGAAACCUAGCUCCCAGGCAGACCAAGGAGCAGGUUACUAAGAAGGGGGGUCCCAACCUCAAACUGGGCCCCCAGGGGGAAAAGAAGCCUGGUCAGAUAAUGGGGGACCCUCGAAAAGACAACACCAUGGACCUUGGUCAGCAUCUGAAGUUGGAGGAGAUGAUGAACACCCUAGAGAGAACUAGACAGGAGCUGGAUGCCACCAAGCAGCGCCUCUCGUCUACCCAGCAGUCCCUGCAGGAGAGGGACGGUCACCUGACCAACAUGAGACAGGAGCGCAGGAAACAGCUGGAGGAGAUCCUGGAGAUGAAACAACAGGCCCUGCUGGCAGCCAUCAGUGAGAAGGAUGCUAACAUCGCUCUGCUAGAGCUGUCUGCCUCUGGGAAGAAGAAGACCCAGGAAGAGGUUCUGGCUUUGAAGAGGGAGAAGGACAGAUUGAUGCACCAGCUAAAACAGCAGACACAGAGCAGGAUGAAGCUGAUGGCAGACAACUAUGAAGACGACCACUACCACCCCCAUCCUCCCUUCCAUUCCCUACCCCAGCAACCCCACCUGGGUCUCCAGCCUCAGUCCCCCCAGCCCCAAUACCAGCACCCGCCACAUCCCCAGCAGCAGCACGCCCCGUACCCCCAUGCCCCGCACCCCCAGCCCCCACCCCAACAACACCCUCACCCCCAGCAGCCUCAACAGCAGUACUCCCCUCAUCCCCAACAGCACCCGCAGGGGCACCCCCAACAGCCCCAACACCAACCACGGCCCCAGCACCCGCUGCAAGUCCAGCAGCCACACCCACAACAACAACAACACCCCCACCCAGGACAGCAUCCUCACGGGCCUCUGCCACAGCAGCAGCACCCCCACCCCCAACAGCACCCACAGCCAUACCUUCACGGCCCCCUGCAGCAAGCCCCCCACCCCCAACACCCUCAGCAGCAUCCCCAUCACCCCAUACCCCAUGCCCCGCAACAGCAAGGCGGCCACCCCCGCCACCCGUCCCCACACCACCGCGGAGGACCAGGGCCUGCCAGAGGACCCCCCCAUGCCGGCCACCGCCCCUCCCACGACCAGGAUGACGAGGAGGGCAUUUGGGCAUAAUCGUGCCAACGAUGACAACCAAAGCUCUGAUGUUGUUCUGAGGGAUGAUUCAGUCACUAUUGGAGGAGCACAGCCAUGCCAUGAUGCUGAAACACAUUGACUACCUGACCAAACAUUUUUUACCGCGACACAAUCCACACUUCAAAAGGGGCCUUUAUUUUUUACUGAGGAUGAGGAAGAUGAUGAAGAAGAGGAGGGAUGAAGCAGGUGGGAAGGUCAGACGAGGAGACUGAUGGUUGAGCAGAUGACUGAGGAGCCAUCAUGUGAAGAGCACUCUACAGACAUUGGAGAAACAGAUCUUUGAGAGUGACUCUGUGGAGGAUGAGUGGCCCUACACAGACACAGAGGUGCUUUCUGUGACGUUAGACUGGGUUGGACAGACUGGGUCCCCCUCAGACAGACAGACAGAUGAGCUGUCUGGUCUCAUCUCCGUGGUCCUGCUCACACAGCCAAACUCACACAGCCACUCUGGCCCAGUUGUCAAGCUGCUCAGCUCACCUGUUGCCCCCCCAUUCUCACCAACCUGCGCCUAAUUGGUUCACUCUCCUAACUCCACCUUGCUUACCUGAGGUGCCCUGUUUACCUGAUUUGACCCACCCUGUUCAUCCCCGGGUGGCUCUGAUUGGCUCCCCUGCCUGACAGUCUCCUCCCUACUUACUGACAGUCUUCACAGUACUUAUUUUACUCAUAUGUAGUUUUUUUUUCUAGUUUUCUCUUUUUCCAGAGAUAGCCUGUCUCUUCCCACAUAUUUUAUGAAGUGCCAUACAGUUACAGCUUUAGUUUACUUUUAAAUUGUUGUGCUACUUAUUUUUUAUCUUCUGAUUACUUUUUGUUGAGUGUGUUUCAUCUGCAGUACUUGACUAUGGCUAUGAGUGUUUCGUGUUAAGUGCAUCAAAACAAGGAAGAGAAACCAAUAGGCAGCCACUAGAGCUAUUAUCUGACCAAUAGGCAGCCGCUAUAGCUCUCAUCGGACCAAUAGGCAGCCACUACAGCGCUUAUCCGACCAAUGGGCAGCUACUACAGCACUUAUCUGUCCAAUGGGCAGCCACUACAGCUCUUAUCUGACCAAUGGGCAACCACUAAAGCUCUUAUCAGACCAAUAGGCACCAAGUAUAGCUCUUAUCUGACCAAUGGGCAGUCACUGGCCUUGCCUGUAGUACUGAAGGUUUUUCUUGUGCCGUUAAUUGUGCAGUCUGGCAUGGCCCUAUGGGUAGGGCCCUGUACCAUGGGUUUGCUGGGCCUUUGGGCUUGGGGCUUCCAACUGUGUAUCUAUCCUGUUACCUCAGUUGAUGUCACAGUUAAAACUCCAAUCUAUGCAGAUAUCAGAACUAAUAAUGCAGCUUUUAUUCAGUCAUGAGUCAAGGGCACCAAUCAAAAAGCAUUUAGAUGUCUUAAACCAGUACCAAUCAGAAUGGUAUUUUCAGAACAUACACCAAUCAGAUUACAUGACGGUUUGUUUCUCAGCAUCAUAUGCACCUAUGCACCUUCUCCUCCCCUGUUUCAGGGAUACUUCUAAUGGUGCUUUUAGAUCACUGGUGCUCACAACAUGAUGUUCAACCAGAGACACAGCCAACAGACACAGCCAUUGGAUGUUGUGCAAUCAUGUCACUGAAUAGGGAUGUUGAUCCCAUAAUCUGACUUGCUUAUGAACUGUAGAAGACUGUAUUGCACGUAGGAUCAGCUGAAUAGAUUUUAUAUGUGUAAUGGCAUCCAUGGACACCCAGGUGUAUGAGACUUCCUGCCAUACCUUUAUAGCCCUCUCUCCAGCUCAUCGUCUCCCUACUCCCUCCUCUUCUUCAUGACCUUUCUCAUCCUCUCUUCUUCUCUUUCAGCAGUCAUAGUCUGUGCUAACCCAAACCCAAGCCUAGUGACUCGUUUAUGUUCUUCUCAACAAGGUGGCCUUGUGCCUCGUUCAUAUUAUAUACAUAUUAUAGAUAUAUACAGAAAGAGAUCUAAAGUCUACAUGUCUAUGUGGUCAGAAUAUUGUGCCAGGAAAAAAAGAAUGAGAAGAAUUUUUUUUUUCAACCUGGCCGAAGGAUAUAUAUUUUUUAAACGUAUUUAGUGUGUGGAGUAAUGUUUGUGACUUUCCUCUGUUUUGUACAUUACAAGAAAAAAAACAGCACUCAACAUUCCCUGUAUGAAAACAGACUGGCUCUCACUAAGGAAAGUCUAGCCUUGAGACACAGUCCAAAGGCAAGAAGACUAUUUCAUUCUCAUUUAGAAGAGCUCUUACAUUCCUGCUACAGCGUGAGAAAUAUUUUUUGAGAAACACACACACAAUCACUAUAGUAUCAGUGAGAUUACUUCUUAAACUUGCACUUGGCAGUGAGGACUAUCACUACCAUUGUUAAAGUGGAGGGUUGGAGUGACUUCGUCAUUACAGAUGCGCUAUCCAGUCUCAGUGUUGUGUGUUUGUUUGUUGUCAAUGUCAUUGUCCCAGUGUCUCCAGAUGUGUUGAUAAACAUGACAGUUGAGUGUGUAGAGAACAACAAAAACCCAUCAAUUGGCAAAACCCUCCCCCUCCACCACUGCCACCACUAACCCCCCUCCAUCACUACCACCACUAACCCCCAUCCAUCACUACCACCGCUAACCCCCCUCCAUCACUACUACCACUAACCCCCGUCCAUCACUACCACAACUAACCCCCCUCCAUCACUACCACCACUACCCCCCCUCAUCACUACUACCACUAACCCCCUCAUCACUACCACCACUAACCCCCCCUACAUCACUACCACCACUAACCCCCCUCCAUCACUACCACCACUAACCCCCAUCCAUCACUACCACCACUAACCCCCUCCAUCACUACUACCACUAACCCCCGUCCAUCACUACCACAACUAUCCCCCUCCAUCACUACCACCACUAACCCCCCUACAUCACUACCACCACUACCCCCCCCUCAUCACGACCACCACUAACCCCCUUAUCAAUACUACCACUAACCCCCGUCCAUCACUACCACCACUAACCCCCUCCAUCACUACUACCACUAACCC